AGCAGCACUGUCCUUUUAGCUGGUUCUCCUCCUCAGCAGACUCUGCCGAAAAACUAGCAGCGUACAAUUUACAAUAAAAACAAUGAUACCAGAGCUUUCCAGUGGAUCCGUGUUGAUGAAGGAUCCUCAGAGGGUUCAAGAGAUCCUGCAGUCCAUGUCAAAGGCUGGCAUCAACACCCUGCAGGUGAUCUCAGAUUUUGACAUGACUCUCACGAGAUUCUCCUACAACGGGAAGCGAUGUCCUACAUGUCACAAUAUUCUUGACAACAGCAAAGCCAUCUCCGACGAGUGCCGCCAAGAGCUGGAUCAUCUUCUAAAGACUUAUUAUCCCAUAGAGAUUGACACUUCCAAGCCAGUUUCAGAGAAGCUGCCUUUAAUGGUGGAGUGGUGGACCAAAGCUCAUGACCUCCUUGUGGAGCAGAGAAUCAAAAAAGACGAGCUGGCCGAGGCAGUGCGGGAGUCUGAUGCAAUGCUGAGGGAGGGUUACGAGCUCUUCUUCGACCGCCUGCACGAGCACGGAAUUCCUCUGCUCAUCUUCUCUGCGGGAAUCGGAGACAUUCUGGAAGAGGUGAUUCGGCAAGCUAACGUCUUCCACUCAAAUGUCAAAGUCAUCUCCAACUACAUGGACUUUGAUGAAUCUGGGAGGCUGAAGGCUUUCAAGGGAGAGUUGAUUCACAUCUACAAUAAAAGGGAAGGUGCGCUGCUCAACACAGGCCAUUUUGAAGAGCUACGGUCAAGACCCAAUGUCUUGCUGAUGGGGGACUCCCUGGGGGACCUGAACAUGGCUGAUGGUGUUCAGGAUAUGAAAUACAUCCUCAAGAUUGGAUACCUCAAUGACAAGGUUGAGGAGAGGAAACAGUCCUAUCUGGACUCCUAUGACAUAGUGUUGGUGAAUGAUGAAUCUUUGGAAGUUCCUAAUGCUGUCCUCCACUACCUCACAAGUAACAAGUGAACCGUUCAUUAUCCCGAGCUUUGAAGAUGUUACUGGGAUUUCUUUUUUAAAACAAGCUAUUAACGGUCCAGUGCCUCGCAAAAGUAUUCGUAACCCUUUGAACCACAUAAUGCUUUUUAUCUGAAUUUAAUACCAAACUUAGACACAAAUGAUUAAAUUGAUUAAACCGGUAUAGUACAAUAAAUGUUUUUUUAUUUGCAAAUCAAUACUUAAUUAAACUUCCUUAUCACUGCGGUAAAGUAAGUCUUUCGAUGUUUAAUGCUCCCAUCUAUGCAUACUUUGAAACAGGAAUUUGAACCACUUCUGUAACAGUCUUAUAUUAACAUUAACUUUCAAAUCUUACAACAGCAUCUGAGCUGGAACCAGGUUCAACUGGGCCAUUUUGACCUCUGCAUGUGACUUAAUGUAAGCCGAUCCAUUCUAGCUCUGAUUUUAUGUCUACUCUCCAGUUCCCUGCAGCCUAUAAUUCAUUUUUUUUCUGGGACCUUCCUGCAGUUUCCCUUUACCCACAACAGCACCUCCUCAGGAUAAUGCUGCCAUCGUAAUGCUUCUUCAUGAGGAUGAUGUGUUAAGGUUAAGUUAGAUUUCCCAUCAUGUUGUUUUCAUUGUUUUUCACUUUUGGUCUCAUUCGACUAAAGAAUCUUGCUCCGCAUAUUUGCUUUCUGCCACUGAUUACAUGGAUUCUUAUCGCUUUUUUAGCCUCUAUUCCAUAAAGAGAAACAAAAGGGAUAAAAACACAUUUUGCAAGGCACUGCAUAUGAUUGUAUUUUACUGUCCAAAAUAACUAAGUUUUACUGAGUGAGUCUGUGUUGGAAGCAAAUGGGUUUCCACUUGUUUCCAGUCCUCAUUAUUGUCACAUCUCCAUCAAACCUAUUGUCUACAGUGACCUCUUUGGAUCUUGUUGCAGCCUAAUACGUGUUUUUGUGGAUUUAUUGGUGUUUUUUUUUUCCUGAGACUUCUUUAAACAUUUCUAGUUUUGAUACAGGAUUAAAUAUUUAAAAAAUAAAACGCACAAUAUAAAAAGGCAGCACCUUAUUUUGACAAGAUUUCUAACUAUUUUAUGCACAGUGAAGCUCCUCCAAAAAUUUAAAUCGGGAAUCAAUGAUGUUUCAGCUAUUUCCUCUGUGAGUUUGUUUAA